AUAGAUGUUCAUUUACUCUAAAGGUUCUAAAGGUUGAGCCACUCCUCUCUUAAUUUAAGAGCCACGCCUAUUCAACAUGGCGUCAUCUCAUGAUGGAGAGUCUUCAUAUUUCAGUUACUUGGAUGUCUUUUUAUUAGGAGCCUUCAUUCUCGUCCUUUUCCUGAUAGUUAGAAAGUUUAGGAGAAGAGCAAGAGGAGAUGACGAGAGAGUUAAAAAGCUACAAAUUAAUCCAGUUAUAAAACAGAUUUCUUCUCCUGUUUAUUCCUCCUCACUGAGUACGUCUGGUAGUUUUAUUGAUAAAAUGAAAACCCGAAAGAAAAGGGUAUUGAUUCUGUAUGGGUCUCAAACUGGCACUGGGGAAGAGUUCUCCAAUAGAUUAGCAAAGGACUCAUCACGUUUAGGACUACCUGCCAUGACCUUUGACCCUGAGGACUGCACUGACUGGGUAAGGAUCUACAUGUAA